GUGCUGUGAUGGUUUGACAUGUAGGGCACAGACAGAGGGAGGAUCUUGAAACCCAGCCCCUUUGACUAAUGUAUAAUCACGGAGUUUUGCACGGUGACUGAACGCGGACUUUCAAACGGCGAUAGUUAUGUAAUAGCCGACUGGCUACUGUGCACGGAACAAAAGCUCUGUCAGUGCUGACAGUAACGGUAACUUUGUCCCGCAGGUUUGCCUCAACUGCUCUGAAGUGAACAACACUCCAGGAGCGAGCGCAAUGACUUCGCGUUGUGGUGUCUGCUGUUACAGCGAGGCAAAGCGGGUGGCUAUUUUUGGGGGCACCCAUGGAAAUGAGAUGUCUGGCAUUAUGCUCGUAAAUAUGUGGGCAAAGAAUGAAGCGGAGAUUCAGAGAAGCGGAGUGGCGACGAAACCUUUCAUUACAAAUCCCAGGGCUGUCGAGAAAUGCACGCGAUACGUCGACACAGAUUUGAACAGGGCAUUCACACAAGAGAAUCUCAGUGCCCCUUGUGUGGAUGAACUGCCCUACGAAGUCCGGAGAGCGCAGGAGAUCAAUAGGAUGUUUGGGCCCAAAGGGUCAGCCAGCGCCUAUGAUGUCAUCUUCGACCUCCACAACACCACCUCUAACAUGGGCAACACGCUCAUUCUGGAGAGCUCAGCCGACCACUUUGCUCUCCAGAUGGUUCAUUAUAUUAAGAAAGCCCUUGCUCCAGCGAGUUGUCCUGUUCUUUUGAAUGAGCACCCACUGCUUAAGUAUUCAACCUCACGCUCUGUAGCUAAGCACCCCAUUGGACUUGAGGUUGGUCCGCAGCCUCAGGGCGUAUUGCGGAGCAACAUCUUUGAGUCCAUGAGGGUGAUCAUGAAACAUGCCCUAGAUUUCAUCGAGCUUUUCAACAAUGGUGUCGAGUUUCCUGCCUGUAGUGUGGAUGUAUUUAAAGUUCAGGAGAGGAUGGACUAUCCCAGAGACACCAAUGGCAACAUUACGGCCAUGGUGCAUCCGGACUUGCAGGAUUGUGACUGGGAACCUUUGAACCCAGGUGACCCCAUGUUCCAGACUUUUGAUGGCAGAACCAUCCCAUACGAGGGCUCCAGCCCUGUCUAUCCUACCUUCAUUAACGAGGCGGCCUACUAUGAGAAACAGCAGGCAUUUGUAACGACCCGACGAGAGACAUUGGCAUCUUACGCCAUCAGAAAAGCAGAGUAGUAGUAGUAAAUCAUAGCUUAGGAUGGACACACAGGUGGUACUUUUUGUGUAACCCUGACACACAAAUAACAAUAAUUCUGAAAUACUGUAAGAUUAUAAAACUGCACUUUUGCACCGAUUUGUAAAAUCAUACAAAGAAAUGCUUUUCCAGAAACUGCUUAGUGUGAGAGAAAUAUUUUUUAACACCUAUUUUACUGCUAAUCUUUGAAUCAACUAUGCAAGUAAAUUCCACACGUGGGAGUGUGUUAUGUAAAAUACUGUAUUUUGAAACAUUUUUUUGUAAUAUUCUUGUUUAAAAGCCUUUGCUGGCAGACUCCAUAGCUUUAGAUCUAUUUUAGGAAAGAAAACAAGAUUUGUAUGUCUUAAAGAAUAAUCGUUUAUGUAAUUCAUCAGCUUGACUGGGCAUUUUAUGUAAAUAUUCAUAACAAGCUAAAACACUCCUCUUUAAUCUUGCGUGCUUCUCAGGAAUGGGAGAUGAGUCGUUGUGAAAGCAGAUACACACAAAUGACUGUAUCAUCACACUUCAUAAUAACCUCACUUUUGGUACGUCCAGUCUUUGGGUAAUGGAUUCAAAUAGCCUUAAACUCUUCCAGGAACCUUUGUCUGUGAGUCGUGAUAACACUGGUGCUGUUCCUUGUGCUCGCCUUAACAAAACUGGGAUCAUUUUAAACUUUAAGGGGCAAGCCCCAUAGAUGUGUGUGCAAUACAUUUUGCCCGUGGCAUACUAAGAGGAAAGAUAUUGUUAUUUCCUUACUUGUCUCCUUUAAUAGUUGUGAGUUAAUUGAUCAAGUGCAUUGUGGUAAUGUCGAAAUGUGCAAAUGACUUUAAUAUGAGGUGAAAUGUUUCUAAGCUCGUGUACGUUUUCCGUCAUCGUAUGGACAUUGGUAAAAAUGUUCUAAAGUCAUUCUGGUGGUGAUGUCCUGGAGUAUGUUUAGCCGUUUCUGGUGAUUUAAGAGUCUUUAAUGUCAGUAGAUUUUUAAAGUCAAAAAGCUAUGCAAUAUUUUCUAUGUAUAUGCGUAAAAUAUUUGAUUCUAUUGUCUUGUCCUAUAAGGUAAAGUGAUGUUUUCAUGGCACCAUAUGCACCUGAUAUAAAUGUGUCUGAGCCGCCUUUGAGUCUCCAUUUGUUCUAUGUGGAAAGGUUUCUUCUGUUGUACUCUUUUAGAGUUGCUUUAAAACAUGAAUCUUAA